UUUGAGUCGGUUAGUGGAGGCAGUGGGAGCAGGAUGGGCGGAGCUUCUGUUCCAAAAAUUUCCCCUAAGUGCGAUUGACAGUGUGCAGGCAGGCGGGGGUGCGCGGGGCGGUCAGCGAUCUGCAGCUUCGCGGGGACAGAGAUGUAACCCAACUCGUUCACGGAUGUUCCGCGCGCCGUGUCACCGGCUGCGGGCCAGGGGUACUCGGAAGGCGCGGGCAGGAGCCUGGCGAGGAUGCACCUUCCCCUGCCUUGGAAAGGGAAUGGAGAGGCCGGCGGCCCGGGAGCCGCAGGGGCCCGACGCGCUGCGGCGCUUCCAGGGGCUGCUGCUGGACCGCCGAGGCCGGCUGCACGGCCAGGUACUGCGCCUGCGCGAGGUGGCCCGGCGCCUGGAGCGCCUGCGCAGGCGCUCCCUCGUAGCCAACUUGGCCGGCAGCUCGCUGAGCGCAACGGGCGCCCUCGCCGCCAUCGUGGGGCUCUCGCUCAGCCCCGUCACUCUGGGGACCUCGCUGCUGGUGUCGGCCGUGGGGCUGGGGGUGGCCACAGCCGGAGGGGCCGUCACCAUCACGUCUGAUCUCUCGCUGAUCUUCUGCAACUCCCGGGAGCUGCGGAGGGUGCAGGAGAUUGCGGCCACCUGCCAGGACCAGAUGCGGGAGAUCCUGAGCUGCCUCGAGUUUUUCUGCCGCUGGCAGGGCUGCGGGGACCGCCAGCUGCUGCAGUGCGGGAGGAACGCCUCCAUCGCCCUGUACAAUUCUGUCUACUUCAUCGUCUUCUUUGGCUCACGUGGCUUCCUUAUCCCCAGGAGGGCGGAGGGGGACACCAAGGUUAGCCAGGCCGUGCUGAAGGCCAAGAUUCAGAAACUGGCCGAGAGCCUGGAGUCCUGCACCGGGGCUCUGGACGAACUCAGCGAGCAGCUGGAGUCCCGGGUUCAGCUCUGCACCAAGUCCAGCCGUGGCCACGACCUCAAGAUCUCUGCUGACCAGCGUGCAGGGCUGUUUUUCUGAGAACAUCCUUUCCCCCUAAUGACCGAGGCCAGCAAAUCAUCCCCAUGGGAUGCUCCAGAUUUUGUAGCUCCCUUAGGAAAACACCAAGCUGGGUUAGGAGCCGAAGGCAAAGGAUGAGAAAAACUGUUUUUGAAGUGGGCAGGUCCCCAAAGCCCUUCUUUUCCCAUCACUGUGACAGCUGUCUGGGCUUGAGUGCUACGGACUUUUCAGUCUUCCUAGUGGAAUAAUGUGACCCAAAAACUGUUUUUCCCUUAUCAAAACCUUUCUAUCUAAACACAGCUGGGCAGGCACUCCUGUUUUAAAGUUAUUUCGGGGUCCCUGACCCUGCCCUGGUGGCUUGGCCUGAGACUGGAGAGAGUGCCAUCAUCUGGGUCCUCUCCAAGUCCUACUAGUCUUUGAAGUCCUCAAAAUGCCCGUGAGGAAGGCAUUGGCCUCUCUUCCAGAAUUUCUGAUACAAAGAACUCCAGAAUCCAGAGCAGAUCAGCCCUUCUCUGAACGUUGUAGGAUGGUUCAGAACCCAGAGAGGGCCCUGGUGCUGACAUGUCCUCCUCUUCCCUUUCCCCUCAGCUUAUCUACUCCCAGAUGCAGCCUGGGUAUGGAGUAGGCCUUAUCUGAGUGGCUCCCAAUCCAGUCCUCCAAGUACUCAGAGGGGAAGCCCGUUAAGCCAUCAUUUAAGUCAUUUAAGUCCUGCUCCCUCACAAGAAGCUGAGGGCCAGAUAGAUGGAGCAACUGCCAACUUCAUUUCCUGACUUCAUUGUGUUCAGAAGAGAGUGAUGGGUUUUGAGUUAGACAGUCCUGGGCUUGAGACAGGCUUUAUCACUACUGUGUGAAUGUAGCCACCUAAUCUCUCUGAGACUGUGUAAAACAAAGAUGAUAAAAUCUCACCCUGUUGUGAGAUAUUAAAUGAGCCAAAGUGCCUAGCAUGAUGGUGCUGGCUCAUAUAGUGUAGUCCCUGGAAUGGAAAAUUAACAUCACCCAGGAACUUGUUAGAAAGGCAAAUUCUUGGACACAACCCUCCUGAUUUAUGGAAUCAGAAACUCUGACUAUGGGGCCCAGCAACCUGAGUUUAAACAAUUUCUCUGGAUGUUCUGCGGCACACUAAGGUUUAAAAACCACUGCAACAAAUGCUAACUUCUAAUCCCCUUGAUGAGCUUUCACGAAGUCUCAUGGCUUCUCUAGGGACUCCAUGGUCUUCAGAGUCGUUCACAGAUGACCAAGGACAGACUGUGUCCCAGAAGCCAAAAUGAGAGAGAGAGAGAGAGAGCACGCAUACGUGCAUCCUGGGGCAGUGUCUCACCGUAUGAACUAAGGGAUGUAACACUAUAAGCCCAUUAGAGGGCAGUGUUUCCCGCCUAUUGUAGAAACUGGUACAGAAAGGAAUAUGAAGUUCCUGAAACUGAACUUGUCUAUUAUUACCUUCUCUGAAAAGUGCCAGUCCAUGUAUUUUUUAUUUAUUUUAAGUUUGUAAUUUAAUUAUUGUUUAUUGUUUGCAUUUAAUUUUAUUUAAUCACCACAUUUAGAAAAUAAUAAGAGCAAGUUUCUAAAUGGGAGACUGCUGAGGCUCUUUGCAAGAGAUGAGAUUAAGUUUGAGUUUCUAAGGCAGGGCAUGAGCUGGAAAUAGCAUUGCUUUCCUUGAAUGUCUCUCUCCUUCAGGGAGAUUCUUUUUCUCUAGUGUUUUAAGUGAUCCUUUGAAGUAAGUGUGGAGAGUCUUGAAUAGCAAGACCAGGAGCUGAGUUUAAGCUUGUAAUGGAAGCUUGCAUUGUGGGAUAUAUAACUGAGGAAACAUAUUUAUCCUGAAGGCAUUUUGCCAGAAGGUAACACUUGAUCUGGAAACGGAAUCUAUUUAGUUCAGGAAAGAUAAAAAGUUUAGAGGUAUGUGAAGGAAGCACUUAGACCUUGCAAGCCUGAUGUCCUAUCAAGUUAUGUCUUAUGGGUGACAGACAAAAUAGCUUGUCUUAUGGUGGUGAUGUGUUGCAUUUUCACUUUGAGGUCUGUAAGAAACUGUCAGCGAAAAUAUGUACAAUUCCUUCAAUUUCCAUUCUUAACAACUGUAAUGUUGAAAACUAAGUUGAAAAGUCUUUGGGACCAUACAUGCAAAAACGGUGCCUCUGUUAUUUAAUUAUUUAAUAUUCUGUAAAUGUACCCAAUCUGCCCCCACCCUUCCCAAUGAUGGCAGUAUGUCUGAGGAAGUAUAAUUUCAGUACUGGGGUCGGGGAGAGGAGGUGAUGUUUCUAUAUUUUUAUUUUUUUCUAUAAAUUGCAAUUGGUCUGUAUGCUGGUUUAUUUUGAAAUUUAUAUUGGUUUAUUUUCAAGCUGGUGUCAUCUCGUAGACUGUUUCACCCAGAUGCUAGCAUUUUUUUUUUUUUUUUUUUUUGAGACAGAGUCUCACUCUGUCACCUAGGCUGGAGUGCAGUGGUUUGAUCUCGGCUCACUGCAACCUCCGACUCCUGCGUUCAAGCAAUUCUCCUGCCUCAGCCUCCUGAGUAGCUGGGAUUACAGAUGUGCACCAGCACAUCUCGGCUAAUUUUUGGUAUUUUUAGUAGAGACAGGGUUUCACCAUGUUGGCCAGGCUGGUCUUGAACUUCUGUCCUUAUGUGAUCCGCCCACCUUGGCCUCCCAAAGUGCUGGGAUUACAGGCAUGAGCCACCUUGCCUGGCCAGAUGCUAGCAUUUUAGAUCAAACAAUUCAUUUUAGAUGAAUUGUUUUGUUUCAGAAUCAUUUUAAAUCAUUUUAGGAUGUACUUCACAUUAUUAGUUGUGUUAUCGCAUAAAGGUACAACCAUUCCCUAACUCGAUCUUUUAUUAAUGCUUAAGUUUAAAUUAUAUUCUUUCAAUGCCUAAGCUAUUCCCUAGAAUUAAACUGGGCACUUCUGGAAGCAGCAACAGUAACAGCAGCAGCAAACUUUUCCUGUCAUAUUUUGGGUGUAUCAAAAGUUCUAUACUUUUGAAGUUAUGAUUUCAGUGGCCCACUUUAUUUCUAAGGAAGAGCGUCUACUUUGGAACGAUACUUUGCACAUAGUAGGAACUCAAGAAAUGCAUUUGAAUAAUUUAAUUAACUGUUUAGCUAUCUUAAUGAGAAUUUGUUGACAACAAAAGAUCAUCCAUCGCCUUAUGUGUGAGUAAGAUUGGAGCCUCUAUCAAGAUUUAGUCAAGUUCAGUUAGAUUGAUUCUAGAAACAAAUAUUUAUUUAUUUCUUUUACUGGGAUGUGAAUAAGGCUUUUCCUUAAGGCCUUCAUUCUAUAAACAAACAGGUUGAAAUGGUAUGUUGUAAAAGAGAAGAAGGGAGAGAGGUAUUUAGAUGAUAAGUGUACUUCACAAAAAUGCCAGAGUUUGAGAAAUAAGCAUGUUUGUUCUAAAUGUUUAAGUGCUUCCCUGUUAGGUUCUGGGGUUUGCAAUCAUUUGAAUUGUUUUGUUUCACAAUAAAGGAGAUUCAUUGGGUUCUGCAUUUUAAGGAUUCAAUAAAACUGCUCCAUUAAAAUAAUAAUCCUUAGCAAGCAUUCGAAUCCUGACUGCUUUGAUGCACUUGCCCUUGGGCACCUGUCAUUUCCAAUAUGGUAAGUGUCAAAGUCAAAAGUAUUUACUGGGAGAAAAAAGAGAAGAGUGGUUGUAGAAGUCUCCCUAAAUCAGAUAUGUCAAGCAAUCAGCCAGCGUGGUAUAUUUCUCAUUCAAUAUUUCAGUGUGAAUUGAGACACUGAGAUAAAGACAUUGUGCAGAGAAAAAUGGGGAUACAGUUAAAUGUAGCAACUCUUGAGUUCAUUUUUUCCCACUGUAGCAAAAUUAAUGCUUUCUCUUUGUUGAAAUAAAUUGCUCAUUCCUCAAA